GGAUGUUCCUGCGAGUAUCUCUACGAAAGCAGUCUUCGUCAUCACCUCAGAAACCACACGGGUGAGCGGCCCUACAUUUGCGAUAUCGACGACUGCGGCGAAGGCUUCGUAGAGACACCAACAGUCGGUGCAUCUUUACCCGGAGGGAUCUCCUCGCGGUGGGACCCACGAGUCGCGUAUACGUGA